UUUGCAAUAUUUUUUUAGAAAAAUAGACAAAAGUGCCAUCAUUUAACAGGUGACAUCUCAAUUGGAAUGUGUUUUUUUAUUGAAGUUGUUUCCAUUUUACGUUCAUCAUGUGGAUAGGAUACGAUGCGGUGAUUCUUUGUCUGAUAGUUCUUCAAUCUCGAGGAAAUCCAGGUGAGUGUAAGAAUUGCGGUUGCUGCGCUACCGGACGAUCGUACAAAUGUAGAGUCGGAGAUUACUGCAAUUAUGGCUGCCUAGAUGGAUAUUGGGGUAAAAAGUGUGAUAACAAAUGCAGGGACACUAAUUGUGCCAGAUGUAUAGGCAAUAGAGGACAGAGCUGCCAAGAUUGUCAAACUGGCUAUUAUGGCUUCAAUUGUGGAAAUCGGUGUGGUAGUCAGUGUAAAACCUGUCAACACUUGACAGGUUGUACGGAAUGUAAUACCGGAUAUUACCUUAAAGAUGGUGCAUGCAUUAAAUGUCAAAACACUGGAUGUACAUGUACGAUUUCCUCACAGUGUAAUGGGUGUGUUCAGGGUCAUUACCUUAACCCAGAACUAUGUUCAGAAUGUCCUAAUUAUUGUACAUCGUGCAUUAGUUCUACACAGUGUACUUCUUGUUUGGAUGGUCGUUUUGGAAAUAAAUGUCAGUAUCUUUGUAAAGAAAACUGCGUUCACGGUAUUUGUUUGUCAGCGAAAGCUUCUUGUCAGUGCAAUAUCAAAUGUAUCGAAAAUAAAUGCGAUUCUUCAACGGGAAGAUGUCUUCAAGGAUGUAUAAAUGGAUAUUGGAACCAAACAUGUGACAGAAAGUGUGAACCAGAAUGUUUAUCUUGCAAUCAAGCAGAUGGUUCGUGUUCAAAAUGCAAGAGCAGUACAAGAUAUGGACCUGGAUGUAGGCAGGAGUGUAGCAAUACAUGUAAAAGAUCAGAAUGUGGCAUUUAUGGAACUUGUACAAAUGGAUGUGUUGCAAAUACUUUUGGAAAUCGAUGUGAACACACAUGUGAAGUUUAUUGUAAACCUAAGGGCAAUAACACUCUUUGUUCUGAAAAUACUGGAAUGUGCUUAUACGGAUGCAAAACUGGAUAUAGUGGGAUGAUUUGUCCUCAAGAAGCGGACAAACAAACUUCAUCAAAUGCAUCACUUGGUUUGGGUAUUGGCGGAGGAGUUGUUGUUCUUUCUGUCAUUGUGAUUGUUGGACUGUUUUUUAAUCAACGAAGAAGAGUCAAUUUGAGAAAUAGAAGCGAAACGCCCGUCAGAGAACCUGCGAAUUUGUCCGUCUUCUACGCAACUGUGAGCAAAGGAAGAGCUUCCCAAGUAGGGUAUGCCAAUGGGGAUACCAACAAUUUGCACUUUGUCAAUAACGUGGAAAACCACACUUACCAGAGUCCACCACCGAGAAGGUUUGUCAAAGAAAGGACUCCUAUCAUUUCAGAAGAAAAUCUUGAAAUUGACAAAUAUAGAAAAAAAAACAUAUUGGCUGAAUAUUACAAUAUUGCAGACGAAGAUGAUGCCUUUUCAAGGAAAACUGCAGUAGUAUUUGAGGACAAUUGUCGUGUUCAUUAUAACAACGCUAACAAAGUGCAUGUAGCUGAUCUAGCGGAAUAUGUUCAGACUCUAUUGUUAAAGGACCUAGAAGAGGAAUUUCAGACAAUUCCAUAUGGUCUAGCGAAAGCAUAUGAAGUUUCACAAAUGAAACUCAACAUGCACAAAAAUAGGUACAGAAAUAUCUACCCAUAUGAUGAUACGCGAGUUUUAGUUCGCGGUGGAGAAACAGACUACAUCAAUGCAAGCUAUAUAGACGGAUACAGAAAGCGGAACGCAUAUAUUGCUACUUUGGGUCCAAUGGCUAAGCAGCUUGGCGAUUAUGGCCAAUUCUGGCAAAUGGUCUGGCAACAUAAAGUGGAGAAAAUUGUCAUGAUGACUAAAUUGAAAGACGAAAAGAAAACUCUAUGCGAGCAAUAUUGGCCUGAUCAACAUCAAAGUAAAUUGUACGGCGAUGUAGAAGUCGUGUGUAAGGUUGAAAAACUGUACGCAGAUUUCAUAUGGAGACAUUUCACGCUUUCGAGGAAUUCCGAAGAAAGAAAAUUGCAUCAUCUACAGUUCACAAGCUGGCCAGACAAUGGCAUCCCUGACGACGUCACAUCAGUUACAGAGUUUAGACAGAGGGUAAACGCCUUGCCGAGUACCUUUGACGGACCAGUUCUUGUACAUUGCAGUGCUGGCGUAGGAAGAACCGGAACCUACAUAGCUCUAGACAUUUUGACCAAAGAGGGUGAGGUGGAAGGUGUUAUUGAUAUCCCGGGAUGUGUUCACAACAUGAGACAGAACAGACCCAACAUGAUUCAGACCUUGAGUCAAUACAAGUAUCUUCACCACGCUUUGGUCCAUACAUUGACUCUUGAUUGUUUGACAAUAAGAAGAGAACAUUUCAGUGAAUAUAUGGAGAAAUCAAGCAAACAGGAGAUACAGAAGCAAUUUGAGAAAAUGCAAUUGAGUCAUGAGAACAAGUCGGAUAAAGAACUACAAGCUAUUGCAAUGAAUCGGCUGAUGACAAAGAAGAACAUGAAACAUUCGGAUGUACCAGGUGAUUCCAACGAACCGCAAUUUAAUCUGGUUCUGAGAACAAGCGAGUCUGAUUGCAUCAAUGCGAUACACAUCAACAGUUUAAAAACAGAACACCGCUUCUUGGUUGCGCAAACACCUCUGCCGGACGCAGUUGCUGAUUUCAUUGCAUUUGCUGUUCAAGAAAACUGUUCAUGUAUCAUUAAUAUGGAGGCACAGUUGGAAAAGCAUCAGAUCAAGAGAGAUGUGACAAUUCCACACUAUGACUAUUUGGACUGGGAUACGAAACACAAUGUUCCUAUGUCGGCACAACACUUCGUUGACUUCAUCAAAGAGGUUGAAGACGUAUCCAAAGCAUCUCUCUUGAAGGGACCGAUACUGUUGCACUGUCUAAAUGGGGCUGGAAAAAGCGGCCUUUUUUGUGUGGUCUCGACAUUACUUGAACAAUUGAAUGAAGAUAAUGAGGUCAGUUUGGUCAAUGCCGUGCAGAAAGUCAGAGCUAGAAGACCACUCGCUAUUCCAAAUAAGGAACAGUUUUACUUCUGCUACGAGUGUGUUCUACAUUCCGUGAACGCAAUGGAUAACGCUGUGUAUUACAACAUUAGUGGGGAUAUCAAGAGGGAAUAAACUGGCUGACGAAUUCGGAAUAAUGACACAAACAUAUUAACAUUUACAUUUGAUAGUAAUUAAAAAAAAUAAGAUAUGCUUUAAUUAAGUGCAGCCGUGAUGACAAGUAUUUCAACGUAACUGUAUUGCUAUUCUACUUCACUUUAAUGGCCAGAUAAACAGAACAGUAGUAUUCCCUUAGCCAAGAAACCAUAAA